AUGGAUCCUAACAUUGAACAAUUUUUGGGUGCCGAAACGGACGUAGAUUUGUUGCCCAAUUAUCGUCACCACAGUAAGAAAACGUUGAUGACAGUUGAUUGGGUACGUGGUGUUAGUCACGUAGGCCAAUGUUUCAAAAGGGGUGUUGCUGCAUUUUAUUUGGUUCUAUCCAAAUAUGUUAUUGAGUGUGGGUUUGAUUUCAAAUUCGUGAAAAAUAGUUUAGUGCGGGUCAGGGCUGUGUACACGUUGCGAGAGAAAAAAGGGUGUACCUGGUUGAUACAUAGAAGGGUUCAAACAUGCAAUGGAUACUUUUACUUGAAGAGGUUGAGCAACUUGCAUAAUUGUGGUGCUGUUGUUCGCACUGGGAAGAAUAGUAGACUCAACUCUGAAUUGGUUUGCAGUGUUUUUGGUGUGGAGAAGGCAAGAGGCAAAGUGUAUGGUGACUAUCAUGUUUCAUUCGAUCAACUUAGGUGGUACGCGGAUGCAGUUAUGCAGUACAAUCCUAGGAGUUCUGUGAACUUGGAUUUCGAGCAAUCAACCGGCCGAUUUAAGCGAUUCUUCAUAUCAUUCAAAUCUUACAUUGACAGAUUCAACCAUAUCCGCCCAUUAUUGUUUGUUGAUGGCACUUUUUUGCUUGCAGGCAAUUUGCUUGCAGUGACGGGGAAGGAUGGCAACAAAAGUUUAUUCCUAUUGGCUUUCGCUAUUGUUGACUCCAAAACCACUGCAAAUUGGACUUGGGUUUUAGAGCACCUGACAAACGUUGUCAAUAGUGCUCGAACAUUAACUUUCAUAUCUAAUCGGAAUACUGGGUUUCUCGAAUCCUUGCCAACUGUAUUCCCAUCUACACAUCAUGCCUACUGUUUGCAACAUCUCCAAGCAAAUUUGUGGGACAAAUUACGGAGCAAACACUAUAAGGAGAUAACCUCUAACGCUGCAGAAUCGUUCAAUAAAUGGAUACUUUAUGCCUAUAUUUACCCAAUCACUAGGUUAGUUGAUACAAUCAGAAAUCAGAUAAUGACAAUGAGGGCUGAGCGUAAAUUAUUGGCUACUAAUUGGAAUGGCUUACCUUGUCCAAAAAAUGGAAAGUUGUGUUAG